ACAGACUGAGAAAGAGCAGAGACUGCAUGUGACAGAGACAGACUGAGAAAGAGAAGAGACUGCAUGUGACAGAGACAGGCUGCUGAGACAGAGACUGCUGGGUCUGCCUGGGACAGGUACAACAAGACAGAUACAGAGACACCCCUGCUGGGUCUGCCUGGGACAGAGACAGGCAGGUGAGACAGAAACAGAGAGUCUGCCUGGGACAGGUACAAAAAGAGAGAGACAUCACCGCUGGGUCUAACUGGGACAGAGACAGGCGGCUGAGGCAGAAACAGAGAGUCUGCCUGGGACAGGUACAAAAAGACAGAGACAUCACCGCUGGGUCUAACUGGGACAGAGACAGGCAGCUGAGGCAGAAACAGAGGAUCUGCCUGGGACAGGUACAGAAAGACUGGGACAGAGACUGGAGGGGACAUCAGAGGCCAAUAGGACAGUAACUGGAUCCAGCAGGAAAGCUUAGCAGAAAAGGCAGCUGCUAUAGAAAAGAGGAAGAAAGAAGUAGAAGAGUAUGUAAUUACAUAAAGGAGAGAGUCGGAGAGGAAAGUAAACUGUCUCAUCCAGGGAAAGUCGAGCCUGUGAGUCUGACCUUCUUACAACAGCUGGAAGCGGUGGAUACAGUACAUAGCUUCAAGGAAGGGUCGGAUGCAAUUCGGAGACGGCUUCUUCUUUCUUCCCCAGACUUAGUGAGUUUUUUAUCUGUGAAACUGCCACACUUCCAGGGGCCCAGUAUGGACAGUCGCGACAUCCUCGAUUAUUCCCUGUUGGAGCUGCAGGACGUGGAGAAAGACUUUGAAUCAGACUGGAUCGGAAAUGGGGAGACUCCUUAUGAAAUGGACCGUGUCGGUGGUACAGCCCCUGAGGUUCCGAUGGGCGGGGACAGGCUGGACUCUGAAGGGCAGAGGACUGUGAUCACGGAAAGUAUGUCUGUCACUUCUUCAGACGAGGAGAAACUCCAACUGCUGAACAAGAACACGGAGCUGCGCCGACUCAAUGCAGAGUUGAUGAAACUGAAUCAGCAGUGGGAUGAGAUCUAUCGGAACACCACGCAGAACCUGCAGCACACGGCGCGGGCCCUACAGAGUGAGGUGCACAGCCUGAGGCAGCACAUUGACAAGCUCAGCGUCAAAUUGGAACAUGAACAGCACAAACGAGAGUUCUAUGAGAAUUCGUUGCUUCAGGAGAUGAAGAGGAACCAAAAGCUUCAGGAAGACGUCCGGCGCCUGGAGAGAGCUCUGCACUACAAGGUCCUGUCCCAGCGGGGCCCCCAUAGUGCUGCAAGUAUCUCCAGAGCUCACAGCCAAUCAGAUCUUUCCUCUACAAGCCACACUGCCUUCAUGCCGCCCCACCCGACUUACAAAAGUAGUCCAUCUCAGCCUGAAGAGAAACCAGGGCAGGUUCCCAAAAGUCACAAACCUGCACGGAACACACAGUCUACAGGGAGCAUCUCCCGAAGCAGCCAGUACAGUCUUGGCCAAAGCCUGAACAUCACCAACACUGAGCAGGACGUCAGUCAGCUGAAGGACCAACUCAAAGCUCUGAAAUGUCAGACAGAGAUAUACGCAGCCGAUUACAAGACGGAACACUCAGACCGUGAGAGAAUGAAGACAGAGAACAACAAGUUGAGACUAAAGGAGAGGGAGAUGAGGGAGCAGAUGCUGAUCCUGCAGGAACAGCUGAAGGUAUACGAGGAUGAUUUCCGCAAAGAACGUUCCGAUAAACAAGUUCUGCAGCGGCUCCUGAAGACUCGGAGCUCCGCCCAUGAGCCAGUGCUGGUGCAUCGCUGCAACAACGUGAGCCAACCCAAGGGGUCGCCAACAAGCAACGACACUGCAUCUGGCACUAGAAGAAACAGCAGGGAACAGAGGGUGGUGGAUGGGGAGGGGCAACAGUCACAAUAUUGUAUAGGAUACUAGCGGGGAACUCUUAUUUCCUACCUAAUUCAUGCACAAGCAUUUAAACGACAUAUUAUAUAUAUACAGGGUUAUUUUAUGGUCCUCUAUAUAAGAUAUUACUAUAUAUGAUAUUAAAUAUCGUAAAAUAAACAUUAUCUUUUUUAAA